UCGUUUCAACACAUAAAAUAUUUCCAAUAGGCUAUGGAACGUUGUUUGCAAGAACUGAUAAUUUUACGAGUUUAUUUAGAAUAAUGCAUUGCAAUGAAAUUUGUGAUGGUGCUCAAUCAUUUCCACAAAAUACUAACAAAAAGUCAAAAGUGAAAUUGUCCAAACUUCAGCGGAGUAUUCAACAGGUUUUCAUAUUUUCUGAAAAUGAUUUGAAAAUCUUUGAAUCCCAUGUAGAUACAAUAGUUGAACAAGGAAGAAAUGGAGUUCUCAAAGAAUUUACUGUGGAUCAUACCCUACUGAGACAAAAGUACUUUUUCGGAGAACGCUAUACUUAUGGAGCUCAAUCAUCAAAAAGAGGCCUGGGAACGGAGAAACUAUAUCCAGAAAAUUCUGUAGAUCAGAUUCCUAAAUGGAUAAUCAAUGGCAUAAUAAAUCCUUUAGUAGCAGCUGAAAUUAUUCCAGAAAAUUUUGUGAAUAGCGUUGUUAUUAAUGAUUAUAUGCCUGGAGGUUGUAUUGUCUCGCACAUUGAUCCACCACAAAUAUUUGAUAGACCAAUAGUUUCUUUGAAUCUUUUCAGUGACAGCGCCCUAUGCUUUGGUUGUAAAUUCAAAUAUAAGCCGUUGAGGUGUUCACAACCUCUGAUGAAACUGAAUAUGCCGAGAGGAAUUACUACGUCCCUGAGCGGGUUCGCAGCUAACGGGAUAACACACUGUGUGAGGCCUGAAGACGUUACCCAAAGAAGGGCAGUUAUAAUGCUACGAAGAGUUCAUCCUUCUGCACCUAGAUUAUUACCAAUGGAAAGUUAUGUUGGUUUGAAACGUAUUCACAACAAUAAUGUGAAUAUCAAUGGAAGUAGUGUCAUCAUGUCGGCUGAAUAUUUCAGAAAGUGUUAUCUAACUUUGCAAAAAUAUUGGAGAUGCCAUAACAAAUUUGGAAGAAUUUUCAAAAGGUGUGAUAGACGAAAGCUGAGUUUCCGCAACACACGAUAUUAUGCUGUUGGGUCUUAUAUAAUAAACUGAAUUAUAUUUUCUUCAAGUAUAUUUUCUGUUGAUAUAAAGAUUCACAUUCAAA